AUGCCACACGGGCAACAAUCUAGGCCACCAGAAGCAAAAGCAAAACUGGAUGACGCACAACCUGAAAAUAAAUCGAAAAUGGAACAACAACCAGACGAUGUGCGCCCAGAGGUGCAGGAUGUGUGGACUGUGAAGCAUGUUCCCGUAGAUGUUGGUAAGAUUAGCAGCACGAUUGCGGCAACCGCAACCGCAACGACGGAAGAGCAGGAGCGCGGUGAUUUAUCGCUUACUGCAGUCCUUGAAGACGCCACCCCUGUGGUUGAAGAUCCCGCCAAGGAUGACGGUCCAAUGGCGAACACAGCAGCUGUCGGUAGGGAAGUAGUGCAGUGGCAGAUCGCACAAGCACUUUUUUGGACGAUGAACAACGAAGAGCAAGACAAGCACGAGCCGCGGAUGCAUGAAGAGAGAGGCAGAGAUCAAUCUCCACAGGAGAUCCACAUCCACCAGACGCUCCGCGAAAACAUGGUGCACUUGGUCGGGCAUUCUGGUCUUCAUGAUCGCACAGCACUCGUGGUUAGUUUGGCGGACAAACUCAGAGGAGCUUCAUCUUGCAGCGCAACGACCAUCCGGACUGUUCCCAUCUCCCUGGCAACCUACGCAACCUGGGACAAGGCCUUGCCCUAUCUCUGCCACGCACUGAGAGAGAAGAUGACAGAAUUCGUCCAGGGCAACCGGAGCCGAAAGGCUUCAACAUCAGCCCUCGUUUUCCUGUGCUUGAAAGACGUCGACGCGCUGCUGCGUGCCGCAAAUGCCGCCGCAGCGUUCUUCCGGUUGCUGCGGACCGCUGCGGCCGCGGAUAUCGAUCUGAAGGUCGUCACAUUCCCGAACUCCCUCGCAGCGUGCAGAAAUUUUGCAACCUUCACUUCUAUCAUCCCACUGCCGCAAUUGAGCGCGAAAAAUGGGGUCGCGUUGUUGAAAAGACACGCGCCAGCUUUGGCAGCUUUCGCCAAGGAACGCGACGAGUUCCACAUGGUCGCUGAGGAGCCAGAUGAGAAUCGGGACAAUUUUUGUUCCAAUUAUCAGCCCUCGAAAUCCUCGAGAUCGUCAUCGAGAGGAAGUUGUUCAACAAGCGCGACACGACCAACAAAUCUUCCCCUAGUACAAAUUAAAGGACCUCUGGACCACGAGAGGUCCACGCACGGUAAAGGUGCUUGCGACCACGGUGCUUCUUGCCAACAAGCCUUUCGAGCAUCACGUUCUGCUUUACUACGUUGAAAAUUUCAAGAAUAAGAAAAUGAGCAAAGUUGGGUCUUUAGAGUCGUGAGGGCGGCCGGGAGGGGUUCCAAGUUCGACGAAACACGACGCCGGCGGCUCGACCGGCAGCGCAGAAGCAGCACGCGGCGCCCUUGGGCUCGGCCGGGUUGCCCGCGGGCGGGAGAUCAUUUCGCCAACCGUCGCCACGGGGCGCCACUUGUACUUGCAGAGGAACCGGCAGAGCCCCCGCAGCCCGAUAAAGGGGCUCUUCUUGACGCCGGCAAGCAGUUGGCCGGAGGAUGAAAGUGGGGCGCUUUACAGAUCCGCGACGUCUUUGCCAGAGUUGGCCAAAUACCGGGCCAUGUUUUCCGGCGCCUAAAAUAGUGCGCCCAAUUCGCGCGCCCAAUCCGGAUCCCUAGCAGGGCGGGACUCCCCUCCCCGACGGGCUGCAUUUUGGGCGUCCGGAAUUGGGGCGCCGCGUGGCUUCAAAAUCGAUUUCCGAAGUGGGCGAACUUCAAAAAGUGCGCUUUUUGAGCAAAAAAUGAACAGAUAAGUCCUCUGGGCGACCCCUUGCGUCAGGGGUCGCCGGAGGGGUCUGCUUUUUCAUUCUUGAAAAUUUUUCCAGUGGGAAGUGGGAAAAAACCCGUUUCCGGAAUGGCCCAAAUCUAGGGUUUCCGGAAGGGGUCGACCCUGUUCAUUCUUGAAAAUUUUUCCAGUGGGAACUGCAAAAUUUUGUGCGAAUCGCGGGCGAUAUGCAAAAAAGAGCACCUGCACCGAGUCCCCUGGCGAUGUCUUUCGCCGGGCAUUCCCGAAGAAGCUGGCUGUAGUAUUUCAGUACCUUCGGGCCGCUUCUCGCUUGCCUGUGGAGGCGUCGCCGCGCCUCACCUAUUCGGACCACGUAACGACCCGAGCCCAUUGGGCCCCGGUUAUGAAUGCCCCAGAAAGGGCCACAUCUAGCUAACUAGUUUGGUGCGUGAGGUUGGUAGCCCUCGGCCCGUCUUCGUUGGCCGGUUCCAUGCCAGGCCUCUCGUUUUUUUUAAUCAAGAAGUAGGCGUCCGCGAUAACACACGCAGUGUGUCGCGUCCUCUGCUUCUGAAAGUUUUGAAGCAGUAUGUCUCGUGACCUGCCACGCGUUAUCCAAAACAAAAACAAAAAACAGGGCGCCCGACGCAUUGCCGUUUUGAAUUCUAAACAUCGAAUUUUGCUCGUUUUCUUAUUCUUGAAAUUUUCAACGUAGUAUGCUUCUUGCCAACAAGCCGUGCGAGCAUCACGUUCUGCUUCUAGUCCAGCCAUCUUGCAAAGCUUGUACCUGCACAUGGGCGACUCUGCCACCAUGGCGGCAGCACGAGAUCCGCUUGCGGUGUUGGCUGCCAUGUGUGGAAACUAUCCAGUAUCACCUGAAAAUUUAGCAUCCCCACGCAAUUUACUUAUCACAGUGGACAUGAUGGAGAUGGACGAGAUGAAGAUUGUGGCGUUGUAUUAUCUUUUGUCAUGCAAAAAGUAGAUGGCGAUGGUAUAUUUUCAGAGAACAUCCAGCGGUCAUUCGGAAAGUAGGAACCGAUAUUCAGCAGCAAGCAGCGUCUGUGUUGGGCUUCGAAGAUGACAACAGCACGGACACUGUCACUUCACAUGAGUCACGCACACAUCAUGAUGAAAGUGACUACAACUACGCAACCGCUUCGAAAAGGACUUCAGUGAAGGACAUUCUUGAAGCGAUACUGUGCGAUCCCGUGGAGCGCAUAUUUGCAAAACACAUGCCCAAAGCUGUGUUGCUGAGUGUGGCGCGCAUUUUCAAGCAAGAGGGCACUGCUGCGGCUCGCGAAAGCCUAAGGCAAGAUAAGGCCCAGGUGAAGAAUCAAAUUGCAGUUGCAGUGUUGGAGUCCAUGGCAAUAUACUUUCCUGGCGGGUGCAGCAUCGACACUCUACGGGACAUGCUUUUUCAGGAAGUGGAAGCGUCAAGAGAAGACCACGAAGUACCAGUAUCAUCAAAAUCUUCGGAAGGAGAACCAAAAGUCGAUAGAAGUCAUGCCAUUACUCAACAUUCAUCUUGUGGCAACAUGCCAGUGGAACAAGUGGAGACGAGCAGCGAAAAGCCGCCGGCAGAUCGGGAAGUUUCGAUGAAAGCGGAAAAGUGCAAGCAUGAUCCGGGCCACCUGUUGGAGAAGUUGGUGCACUCUGUUGUUAAUCCCCUCGUAGGAGCUGGCUUGCUAGAGAUGAAGAAAGGAACAAGCAGCAUCAUCUGUAUCCCCCUACCUUCGUACGCAGCGUGCUGUGUCUACCGGUGCAGCAGCGAAGCAACCGACUUUAAGCAGAAGACUGUUCUUGGCACUCAUGAUGCGGAACUAGAUUUCAAGGUGAAGUCGAAAUGUCGUCCGCGUGCACAGGGCGUGCGGUUUUUGUCACAGAAAGUUCUUAUCCCAGCAUUGCGACUCGCAGAAACGACCUUUCAGCGGUGUGGGCUGCCUGCAGUCAACGCAUGGUCUCAACUACAGAGCGCGACGAACAGAAUGGCCGCGUUUUCUGCGGCGCUCGACCGGCGGAAUCUGGAGUGUUUGCUGAAGCUCCUGGAAUAUGCGUUGCAAAUAUGUCUGCGUCUGGGUCUGGAAACUUGUAAAUGCUAAUUUGUGCAUGGUGGGCGCACUGCGUUACGCAACGACACAUGACAAGUUUCUGAGCUCCUAUGUAUUUCGCUUUCCGCAUGACCAACUGCGUUUUUGCAUGACAGGUACGAGGCCCCCCCCCUACUUAACCCGCUGCUAAGCCGACAAGCUUCACCUUCGGCAACAACCCCGACAAUUUAGCUUGGCUAGCAGUAGGCACUAGUGGUGUUUGUUGAUCACGCGUACCGGCUCGGGGAGAGUCGGUAGGUGCCGCGGGGGUGGCUCAACGGCCAAUCGGGGUUUCGUCCAUGUACGCAUGGCGUACCGGUUCACCCACAGACGACACAGCGUGUGUCGUCGAAAACCGGAGUAAGAGGGGCCGUCGGACCGGGAAAUCGCUUGCUGGUUAAUAUGUAUGCGUGACAAGCUGGCUGCGUUUUGCAUUCGUGGCAGUCCAGGAAAGAGGAAGAACUAGUGAAGCGAUCGGAUCGACGAGGUGCGUCAGGGGGCGUCACUCAUUCAUUCAUUCACUCAUGUGCUUUCCUGCUCAUGCAUAACAGAUUCCGGAGUCAUGCGAGACAAGCGUGACAAACUUGCAUUCUUCCAGACCCAGACAUUUUUAGAUUUGAUAUGGAGACAGACGCGGAGCAGCUACUAGCGGUGAUUGAUGCGGGGGUCCACUUCCUCCUCUACGCACUUUGGCCCGCACUGCAGGAAGUGGUUGCGGAUAAUGUGGUUGCCAGGAUCGUGGACAUCAUUCAGCGACUGGACGACGAGGACGACAAGGGUGACCACCAGGUGGAGGCGGAAGGAGCCGCUCACGACCUCCCAAUGAGAGAUGGACCCGACCAGGAGCAGCAGUUGCAUGGAGGACAUCAGAACGCUUUUGCUUCAUCAUCUCGAUCAAGCAGAAUCCCUGCCGUGCUCUACGAGCGGCUGGAUGCCCCUUACUUUCGAAAGUAUCGCAGGCUCCUUCUUUUUUGCGCGAGAGCUUACUCCAAUGCUGGCCGGGCAGAUCUUUCCUGCAAAACUCUGCUGAUGGUCGCGUCGGGCCGGGCGCCUUUCGCUAGUGGCAUUCUCUCGCUUGACGUGACCGCCCCCUUCGAGCUCCCCGCCUUCAUCGCCAGGGCGGCGCGUGCGGUCGGGGCUUUUUUUGUGGAGGACUUUCUGCUAGCAAGGGAGAGCGUGAAGUGCAUGCAGCGCUGGAAGGAUGCAAAAGCGCUGCUCAACAACCUCCUUUCCGAGUCCGACAAAGCGGAGAAGGCAGCCAAGCAACAGAACCAGAAGAGCAGGCCUCGGACAAUCGCGGAUCUGCUCGAAGUACUGGCCAGAACGGAGAGAGCGCGGCUCGCUUGGAUGCCAGGUUCGGGGCUGGAGCAACCGGCACAUGCUGCCUGGGACUUGAACAUCGUGUGGAGCAUGUUCUUAAACAAAACAAAACCUCUGUCCGAAGCGACCAAGUCGUCCGCGUCGACGGCAGAAGCGGUGUUGUUACUCAUGGAUUGUUUGGAGCUGUGCUGCGUGUUUACCGCGAGUAGCCGGGCGUACCCCGUGAAAUAUCAGUACAGUGGUCUGCCUCGCGACACGAUGAAAGAGCUCCUUGCGCAAUCGCAAUCUUGUCUACAUUUGACAAGCGGGGCUGCGACAGCGGAAGAUCUUACGCCCCGGGACAUGCUCGUCGCGGAAUGGCGACAGCAAUUUACCAGGUUCACGAGCAAGUCGAAGAUGCCAGUAUUUUUCCGGCCUGCGUCGAGGUCGAGCAAUGUUGACCGAGAAGCCUCAUCUGCUCUUUCUGCUCCGGGGAGUAGAAUAAAGCAUGACGAACUACACGAACAAAUAGGAGGUCAAAACGGACGCGAAGGAGAAUUUGUCCUGCCCCGCGGAGUCGAUGUCAAAGUCAUACUCGAUGCCUCUGACUCUUGCCUUCGGCGAAUUGCUAUUGACGUCAAUUCGACCACGAUGACCUCGUUAGAAGAUCACGAGGAAGAUGGGGGUCCUGCCAGUCUCAGUCAGAGGAAGAACAACCUGAAUGUUAGUUCGCUUGGGCGAGUAGACGACAGUCCAGCCGACUUUGCGAACGAAUGGAUGAAUCGUGGCGGACCUCUACCGCUCGCGGUGCGGGGCUUGCAGCAGGUGAUGCGCACGCGAGAGCGCUUAGUCGGCCCACGCCAUCCGUCCACGGCGUAUGCCAAGCUGUUGCUUGGCCUUUGCUACGGGCUAUUAGCCGAUAUUGCUGUGACUGCGCAAAUCAAGGAACGAGAAAAAAUCGUCCGCCAGACCGCGCAAAACAAUGCAUCUUCGAUGACAAACGCUACUACUAGUAGGACACCAACAGCGAGUUCAUCUUGUCCUACGUCAUCUUCUUCUUCUUCUGCACAGGCAUCAUCUUUGAGCGCUGAUUUCUGCCUUAUGCUGCAGGCUCUGCAAAGAGCUUUCGAAGUACCGGAGUACCAGCUGAUCACCGAAGCGGUGGACCUGUUCGAGAAGGUCUUGCCCGAACACCAUCGGCACGUUUCGAGUGCGCAUAGCAACCUGGCCGGGGCGCUUCGCCGCCGCGGGAGGUUGGAGGAGGGACUCCGAGAGAUGCGUAAAGCUUCUCGGGGCGCGCCGGCCGCGGAGGAGGGGGACUGGAGCCGCUGGAGGAUGGUUUACAUCAACCGGAGCACCAUGAUUCACGAGCUGCAACGCAAAAAUGACCGAGCGCGAGCAAAACUCGCAAUGGAAAUAAAACGAGCGCCCAGGAGGUUCGACGGGGGACUAGCACUAGCGGACGUGUUGCGGAUGUCGUCGUCGUCGUGCGGCAACGAUCAAAACAGUAAACCUGCUCCUGUACUAGCUGAGAAGGAGGGCUCCGCUGCUCUUGCUGAACAUGAAAAAGCAAUGGAAUCUGCUAAGCUAGAGCUAGGAGAACUAGAGGCUGAAUCCGAAAAACUUGCCUCCGAGAGGCGAUUGGCGGAUCAGGGAAUGAAACGCUGUGCCCAGAUAUCAAAUGCAAAUAUCUCUGGGUCUGGAAGAGUGCACGAUUUGUCAUGCACAUUUUGCGCCAUGCCUCCUGAACCUGAUAUCUGUGAUGCAUGCCCUAGCAUCACAUAUUAUAUUUUUUGAGGGCAUCGGCAUCGGCAUCCUCAUCCUGAUGCCUAUACCGCAUGAGAAAUGCCCUUUUGACGCCGUUGCAAAGACUGGACCUCUUUUGCUGUUUACGCAAUACAGAUUUUUGUAGAAUCCAAAUGCAGCAUCACAAGUUGCAUCCUUCUAGACCCAGACAUAGUUGCAAUGCAUACCAGACAAUGGAAAGGAUCACUGGCAUGUGUUUUGGAGUUCCGCCGCACCAACCUCGGUGAAGAACGACCCGUGACUGCGUCCUGCUCGGAUUUAACUUUUUACGAUUUACUCAAACUCAAAGUCAGAAGCAGAACAUCAUUGACUUUUCUUGCAACGACUGCACAUAUCAGCAUGAUGAGAAGAUGAGAAAAAAGAAAAACCAUUUCUCCGCACACGGGGGCGGUCGCAAUCCCAAUGUGAAUCUAUCUGCUCUAAAUAAACCUUGUGAAGAUUCUUGCUGUCAUCUCGCUUGUCUCCGCUCAUGUAAAUGUGAUGUCACGCGUCCUCCUUCUCGUGGUCGUGGUUCAGCAUCGGGUUCAUGGGAGAACUUAACUUUACAGCAUUCUAGUGUUCCAUAUUCUAAUCACUAUCUUCGUUGGACAAUGCUGUUGCUGGUGCUGAAAGGGCACAUGAUAUUUAUCACGUCAGAGAUGCGAGCAGAAGUUAGUGCAAGACUCAUUUCUGCCAUGGAAGAACGCAUGAAGUUGUACUCAGCUGCAAUAAAAACAGAUUCCG